GAAGGUGGCGGUCGGUGGUGGUGGUGGCGGCGGAGGAGGAGGCGGCGGCGGCGGCGGCGGUGGCGGUUGUCCCGGCCCGGCCGGUUGGUGUGGCCCGUCAGCCCGCGCUCCGCAGCGUCCGCGCCGCGCCCAGCGAAGUCGAGUCGAGCCGAGGCGGCCAGGUCCAGCGCGGGCGGCGCGCGCUGACGGAGGGCGGCGGCCGCGGCCAGGGCGGCCCGUGGGACCGCGGGCCCCCGGCGCAGCGCCGCCCGGCUCCCGCUCCUGGCCCUGCCGGCCUCUUCCCUCAGCGCCGCGGCCAUGGCGGCCAGCGCGAAGCGGAAGCAGGAGGAGAAGCACCUGAAGAUGCUGCGGGACAUGACCGGUCUCCCGCACAACCGAAAGUGCUUCGACUGCGACCAGCGCGGCCCCACCUACGUGAACAUGACGGUCGGCUCCUUCGUCUGUACCUCCUGCUCCGGCAGCCUGAGAGGGUUAAAUCCACCACACAGGGUAAAAUCUAUCUCCAUGACAACAUUCACACAACAAGAAAUUGAAUUUUUGCAAAAACACGGAAAUGAAGUCUGUAAACAGAUUUGGCUAGGAUUAUUUGAUGAUAGAUCUUCAGCAAUUCCAGACUUCAGGGAUCCACAAAAAGUGAAAGAGUUCCUACAAGAAAAGUAUGAAAAGAAAAGAUGGUAUGUCCCUCCAGAGCAAGCCAAAGUGGUGGCAUCAGUUCAUGCAUCUAUUUCAGGGUCCUCUGCUAGUAGCACAAGCAGCACACCUGAGGUCAAACCACUGAAGUCUCUUUUAGGAGAUUCAGCACCAGCACUGCACUUAAAUAAGGGCACACCUAGUCAGUCCCCAGUUGUAGGUCGCUCUCAAGUGCAGCAGCAGGAAAAGAAGCAGUUUGACCUUUUAAGUGAUCUUGGCUCAGACAUCUUUGCUGCUCCAGCACCUCAGUCAACAGCUACAGCCAAUUUUGCUAACUUUGCACAUUUCAACAGUCAUGCAGCUCAGAAUUCUGCAAAUGCAGAUUUUGCAAACUUUGAUGCAUUUGGACAGUCUAGUGGUUCGAGUAAUUUUGGAGGUUUCCCCACAGCGAGUCACUCUCCUUUUCAGCCCCAAACUACAGCAUUUAGAAUGCUUUCAUCUAGCUGCAGUUUUGGUGAAUUUACUUCAGCUUUUCCUCUCCAGGCUUCCAACAGUGGAAGUGCUGGAUCAGUAAAUGCUAAUUUUGCUCAUUUUGAUAACUUCCCCAAAUCCUCCAGUGCUGAUUUUGGAACCUUCAAUACUUCCCAGAGUCAUCAAACAGCAUCAGCUGUUAGUAAAGUUUCAACGAACAAAGCUGGUCUACAGACUACAGACAAAUAUGCAGCACUUGCUAAUUUAGACAAUAUCUUCAGUGCUGGGCAAGGUGGUGAUCAGGGGAGUGGCUUUGGGACCACAGGUAAAGCUCCUGUUGGUUCUGUGGUUUCAGUUCCCACUCAGUCAAGUGCAUCCUCAGACAAAUAUGCAGCCCUGGCAGAACUAGACAGCGUUUUCAGCUCUGCAGCUACUUCAAGUAACGCAUAUACUUCCACAAGUAAUGCUAGCAGCAAUGUUUUUGGAACAGUGCCAGUGGGUGCUUCGGCACAGACACAGCCUGCUUCUUCAAGUGUGCCUGCUCCAUUUGGAGCUACGCCUUCUACAAAUCCAUUUGUUGCUGCUGCUGGUCCUUCUGUGGCAUCUUCUACAAAUCCAUUUCAGACCAAUGCCAGAGGAGCAACAGGCCUUUCUGGAGCAAUGCAUUCUCAAGUGUUCCCUCACGCUCAUUUUGCUGCAACCUUUGGCACCGCCUCCAUGAGCAUGCCUGCGGGCUUCGGAACUCCUGCUCCCUAUAGUCUUCCCACCAGCUUCAGCGGCAGCUUCCAGCAGCCUGCCUUCCCAGCCCAAGCAGCUUUUCCUCAACAGACAGCUUUUUCUCAACAGCCCAAUGGUGCAGGUUUUGCAGCAUUUGGACAAACAAAGCCAGUGGUAACCCCUUUUGGUCAAGUUGCAGCUGCUGGAGUAUCUAGUAAUCCUUUUAUGACUGGUGCACCAACAGGACAAUUUCCAACAGGAAGCUCAUCAACCAAUCCUUUCUUAUAGCCUUAUAUAGACACUUUACUGGAACGAACUUUUACGUGGUCACAUUACAUCUCUCCGCCUCUUGCACUGUUGUCUUGUUUCACUGAUCUUAGCUUUAAACACAGGAAAAGUCUUUAAAAAGCCUGCAUUGUGUAUUAAACACCAGGUAAUAUGUGCAAAACAGAGGGCUCCAGUAACAACUUUUAACCUGUGAAUUGGCAGAAAAAGGUAGCGGUAUCAUGUAUAUUAAAAAUUGGCUAAUAUUAAGUUAUUGCAGAUACCACAUUCAUUAUGCUGCAGUACUGUACAUAUUUUUCUUAGAAAUUAGCUAUUUGUGCAUAUCAGUAUUUGUAACUUUAACACAUUGUUAUGUGAGAAAUGUUACUGGGGAAAUAGAUCAGCCACUUUUAAGGUGCUGUCAUAUAUCUUGGAAUGAAUGACCUAAAAUCAUUUUAACCAUUGCUACUGGAAAGUUACAAAGUCAAAAUUGGAAGGUUUUAUUCAUUCUUGAAUUUUUCCUUUCUAAAGAGCUCUUCUAUUUAUACAUACCUAAAUUCUUUAAAAAUGUAGAGGGAUACCUGUCUGCAUAAUAAAGCUGAUCAUGUUUUGCUACAGUUUGCAGGUGAAAAAAAUAAAUAUUAGAAAAUAUGCUAUUGUUUUUGUGUUCUUGCUGCAAUGCCUUUACCAAAGUGGCCUUAAAAUAUGAGUAGUGAAUUGAGAACAUCUUGAAUUCUUAAAUUAGAAUUUCAGAAGACUUCUAGUGAUUAACUUUUAUGUCUAAAAGAGAAAAUUUUAUAAAAAAAGGCCAUGUAGAAAAUUUAUUAAAACUACUAUGACUGCUAUAUUCAGGAAUAUGUCAGUGGUAAAGCAUUUAAAUGUAGCUUGUCAGAUUCACCGUAAUCCUUCUAAUUUCUUUGCAACUUCUUAAUUUUGUGAAAAUUUGUAUAUAUGAAGAAUUUGCAUGUAUGUGUAUUUACAAAUUUUUUUAAGUAUCUUGAAUUCUCAGACUGCAGAAGUCCUAUUUUAACUAUUGAUUUUUAAACAAAAAUACUGUCUUUGAAUGUAUUGGAAGCAGACAUGCAUUAACUGUGACAUGAUUGCACCUCAGUUUUUUUUUUCCUUUGUUUGGGCAAACUGAUAUUAUUAAAAUAGGACAUUUAUUUAUGUUCCAUUUCUGGGGGGAAAACAAACUGGAACCCAGUGUUACCUUAAAGUUAUAGAAUACUUUGUUUAAAAAGGCAACAAUACUAAUGUUUAGUUAUAUCUUUUUGUUAAUAGAUGAACUUGUUUAAAUAUUUAUGUACAGUAAUGCCUCAUUCAUUAAGACGUAAUCUAGCAGUCUUCAUCAAUACAGAACACAGCUGAGAAACUUGGAAUAAUUCUUUUUAAAUGCUUUUGAGCAACACACAUUAGUCACAAAGUGUCUAUAUGUUUGUUUUUAUGUGAAAUUUUGAUUAUUUCAUUUCCCAGUCCUAGAGUAUUAUUAGCAGUUCAGAAGUGACAGUUUGGAAGGAGAUAGACAAACCAUGAAAAUCUGUCGACCAUUUAGUUUAAGGACAGCCAGGCCAGCCUCGAGGACAUCACUGUAUGACAUCAUAUUCUGAUAAUAGUCUGGUACUUUGACUCUGUGUCAUCAAGAAAAGGUAAAGUUACGUAUACAAAUAUGUAAUACGUGUUUGGAAAGUUUUAUCUUACCAUGUUUAAACAUUUUUUUUAAAGCUUUGGUAUUAAAAGAAAUGAACAUCAGUUUCUUCAAACAUUUUAUUUGUGUUGAAUACCUUUUCCAGUGGUGACUACAUGAGUUGUUACACAGUCUUGAAGUCUGUGUAGUGUUUCAGACUUGGUAAAGCAUUGCUGUCCAUUGCAUCUCUAGCUCAGUGUGUAGUUUGUCUGAACUAUUUUGAUGAGCAAGAAGACGGAAAUCUCUGCCCCUUUUUGAAUGUUAUGCCUCUUCUCUUAAUAUUGAAAAUGCUGCAGAGGUCUUAGCUGUGUGUGGGUAUAACUUGAAAUACCUACAGUUUGGGGGUCUCUCUCCAGCCGUUUUUUCUUGGAGGGACUACUUAAGAAAUGUCUUUGAAUUUCUAUGUUUUAGAUUGUAUUGGGUCCCAGUCAAUUCAUAUGUACAAAGUUAUGCUAUAUGAUUGUAGGCCAUUACCUAAAUAACCUUCCAGGCUUUCCAUCUAAGAAAUAAGUUAAUUAAACAGUUGUUAUUAAAA